UCUUAAGAACCAAAUCACCACUUACAUAAGAGAGAGUCGCUAAACCUUAGGGCGAUUUCAGGACACAACGCGGGAAACCGUAAUAACGGCCAUCGCACCAAGCGAUCAACACAGCCCCCACCCACAUACACACACACAAGUGACUACAUCCCCACCGUAAUAACAGUAAUCUCGUCCAACAAAACGCGACAGAGAGAGAUGGGGGCGGUGACGACGGCGUUGAUAGCUAUAGCGGCAGUGGCGCUGGGAUGGUGUACGAUCGAGAUUGCGUGCAAACCCUGUCUUGAAAAAGGCCGCGAAGCGAUAGAUCGGAACCUCAACCCAGAUUACGACCCCGACGACCAAGUCAGCACCACCACCCUUCACGCUCCUCUUAAUCCCAGUACCAAUGCGGAUAGUGCCACUCCAGCCUCUUCCACUGUCGCCAAGACCGUCUGAUCUUUUCAUCCCCUGGUUUACCGGACUUUCGCCAUUUCAUUUCUGGAGGAGGAUCUUCCGAGUAUCGUGCUCAAUUUGGUUUGUAUUUAUGACUCCUGCGGUGAAAUUUUGUGUUAAGACAUUGUUUAGCAGUUGAAGGUUAACUAGUUAGAUCAUACACUUCAAAGGCUGUGGAUUCUCUCUUAUGAUUUUGAUAGCUCUGGAGACUCAACUAUUUCCCCACUAUGGAAUUUCUUUUGCUUUUCUACAUC